CUCUCUGAAUUCGUGCGCAAACAGAAGCUUUCUUGACGGGCCACUGCUCGGCUAAUUUAAGGCCACCGUCAUGGCGAAAGCAGCGUCCAACUUCGUCUCGGAGACCCUGGACAAGAAUUCGGUGGUGAUAUUCUCCAAGAGCUACUGCCCAUUCUGCAAGAAGGCCAAGAACAUAUUCGACGGGCUGGGCGUCGCCUACCUGUCCGUGGAGCUCGACAGCCGCUCGGACGGCAGCGACAUCCAGAAGGUGCUCGGCGACAUGACCGGCGCCAGCACGGUGCCCAGGGUGUUCGUCAAGAAGCAGUGCCUCGGAGGAGCCUCCGACGUCGAGGACAUGAACCGCAACAACAAGCUGCAGCCGCUGCUCAAGUCCCACGGGCUGCUCAAGUGAAUACGUGUGGGCCCACCGUCCUCGAACUCGAGCUGCCGCACGGUCGGGUUCAGAGCGACCGGACACACCCGAUUCGUUUUUGACAACGUAUGUUGGUACACCUGUAACGUCAUCGCGCUGAAAGCGAGUAUAAGGACGAAAAUUACAAUUUCUACGUGAUUGAUUGAUUGA